AUGCCGCAUCUUUUAAUAUUUUCGAUCAAAGGGUUGGGGAAGUGGAGGGCUAAGGGAAACGAGAAGCCAACCUUAAUGGACCUACCCAACGAUUUCCUCUUCGACGUCUUUGCAAGACUGCCGCAAGCGGUAGAUGCUUAUUGGUCAAUCCUCUCAGAGAAGAAGUUCUAG